GCCGCGUACGCCGUCACCGCGAGAAAGCCGGGCGAGCCGCCGGUGCAGCACUUCAUCGUGACGGACGUGGACUUCAGCGACGCGAUGGCGGCGGCGGCGGCGGCGUUGAUGGCGCAGGAUACCGCCAAGGCAAAGGCGGGUGAGACGGCGGCGAAUGAUGGAGACGCAAACAGUCGGGACGCAAACAAUCGGGACGCAAACGACGCAAACAACAACGGCGACGCGACGACGGAGACGGAUGACGCCGCGGCGAAGGAGCGGCGAAGGAGCGGCGACAGGGCGAGGAUCGACGCCGAGAUCGAGAGGCGGCGGCGGAGGCACGAGGCGGCGAGGGCCGCAGCGGCGAUGAAGCGGGAGAAGCUCCUCGAGGAGGAUCCCCUCGACCUGCGCGGCGCGGCGCAUCGGUUGGAACGCGCCAAGUCGGAUGCGAAGGCGCUGAGCCGGCAGGUGCGGGAGGCGAAGGAGGAGGCGCGGAGGCGACGGGAGGAACGGGAGGCGCGCGCCCGAGACGACUCGGAGCUUUAGUGGGGAGGGUGGGUACUGGUUUGAGCGCCCGGGGGGAACGCUCGGGUAGUUCCCGGGCGCCGCCGCCGCCGACGCGAAGCCGGCAACCUGAGAGCCACACGUGACUGCGUCCGGGUGCCAUCGUGGCGGGGACGAAGAGGGACGAGGUUAUUUUUUGGGUUGUUUUCGAAUUAUGGUUUUCGCG